AUGUCAAAUAAUGCUCCCGCCGGAAGACCGUCCGCGCAAGCGUCCACGGUAAAUGGACGUGUUCUCCGCCAUGAAUCCGGUCUUCCUUCAACCACUGCCAGUCCCUCGUCGAGCUCAAAACCGAUACCCAUCUCACGGGGGACAAAAGGGAAGCCCGCGUACAAUAAUGGCAGAAGCCCGCCACACAAGAUCUCUCGGGCAGUUACCUUUGACGAACAGACACCGCCGUUAUCAGAAAGAGACAGCAUAUUUGCCGACCAUUAUGUAUCACACCAGAGCGUGCCUUCCUCUCCAGCAGAAGAAUUGACACGAUCUUCCUUGCCUUCUACACCACGGAAGGUGCCCCUCAAGAUGUCGACCAUGGUUGCCCGCCCCGUCUCUCCUCCAGAGUCCUCCAAGACCGCUCGUCCGCAGUCCCCGCGGAAUAUCGAAUGGCUUCAAAGAACCAAUUCUGCUACCGAAAAAGACCUGACCGCUCCAACCUCUCGACCGCCCUCAGGAACGUUCCUGGGUCUCCGGAGACUUCCUUCAGAUGGACAUCCGUGGACCAAGAAGUUUCAUGUCGGUGUUGAGCCUAUGGAGGGCCGCAAUGGCAGAAACGAGAAUGUCAGGAGCAGUGCUCUUGAGCUGCCGGGAUCCCAACAGGAGACAUUGACCCAUAGUUCUGUUGAAAGGGGAAAUUCUCUGAGGGCGGUCAUGAAAGAAUCGUCGCGCACAGAGCGUAGCGUUAGUCGUGGCCGUCAACAUGUGGACAAAAGCAUUGAGGCCACCGUCAAGAACCCGGAGACCAGCGGGACUGCUCGUAGCAGAAAGGCAAGCCAUAUGAUGGGUAUUUUCGACCCUCGCUCUGAUUCUGAGCGUCCCUCGACCAACCUCGGCGAACUAAGCCGUCAGAUGGCGGAGACCAAAGAGCAUUCAAAAACAAUCCCCCAACCGGCAGGCCCUGCUGGUGCUCAAGAGUUUGACGACGUGAAGAAGAUACGACGGAAUUCGAAUGGUUCCUUCGACCCUCCCGACUCCGCACUUCUUGAGACCGAUACUCGGUUUGCACCUGUGAGUUCACAUGCUGGCGCGUCGCCCAGCCAUGAUCACGAUCCAUACUUUCGACAGCAGGACCUGGCCCAACAGCCCCAUGUACCCUCGAAUCUGCUCGAAGAAAUUCGCGGGGCGUACAGACGGAAGAAGACAAACGAGACGCUGCAGCUGGCUCAAACAGACACAUCGCUCAAAACUCUCGAUGUCAAACCUUCAGAUUCUCGCGAGGAUGAAGAAGAGCACAUUUCUGCAGCUGUCUAUUACCCUCACCCAGGUCCAUCGCCUGAGGAGAUUGAACGCUUCACUUCUCCCGACCAAGUCGCCGCCCAUGCAAAAGCUUCGGUCAGGGCGCUUCGUGCCAAUACAAGCAUGACUACCGACCAGGGGGUGGAUGCUCCUGGAGGUACCGAACACAUCGACAUCUCGGUAGUAUCGAAGAAUGACACCAAGAUUUUUCAUGGAAACUAUCGGCCUGUGGAAGAUGCAAACACAGAUCUUCCUUCUCCGGCCCUCUCCCCAGUUGAAGAAACCCCAACCAGUGCCAUCGUCAGUGCUUCGGAAUCCGAGCUCGAGUCUGGGGACGAAUACGCGACGGCCAGUCAAGCCGAAGACAUUUCUACUACGCCUACACAGCAUAGCGCGCUGUCAAGAAAGCCAAGUGAUGCUCGUGCACCUCAUACAAGAGCAAAGGUUGUUCUUGAGCCUUACAAACAUCAGGUUGGCGGUCAUUCGACCAUCUUCCGGUUUUCCCGUCGUGCUGUGUGCAAACAGUUAAACAACAGAGAAAAUGAAUUCUAUGAAAGAAUUGAGCACAGACACCCCGAUAUGCUCAAGUUUCUUCCCAGAUACAUUGGUGUCCUAAACGUAACAUUCUCCAAAGGGCCUAAACAACCCACAACCACCGAACCCUCGACAGAUAAUACAUCAGGAGCUAAUGGCUCUGGGUCGGCCAAUGCCGCCGGAAGCCGACUCUAUCCAGAAACAGAGGAAAUGAAAGAAAUUCCUCAGCCUCGUAUUGUAAGCCAUUCACAACAAAUCGGCAGCAUUCCCCAAGUUAUCCUUGAACAGAAUAAACAUAUCAUCCCUUCAGACUACUUUUUGUUGCCGGAACGACCUAGGAGUGCCGACCCUAAUCAUGGACGGCGCCCGAGCAAAGAUUUUGAUAUGUCGAGUACACCAGUUCAUAAGAAUGGAUCGGCUCUUCGAUCACCUAGCAGGCCGUCUAUGCCAGAGCACUCCCCCAGUUGGGGUAACACAUCUGUUAAUGAGGGGCUCAGGGACAAGAUACUCCGGGAAGUCUUUGGACCGCCUCCUAUCCAAUACUUGCGACGUCAUCCAACUUCUCACAGCACCAUGCCGAGGCUGAAAGGUAGCCACGGCGCUCGUCGCAGAAGCAACCUGUCUGUUAAUUCCCUGCCUCAACAGAACGUACAGCCCCCUGAAGAACCCCAACGACGACCUCUUCCGGAGAUGGCCACAAAAGCUUCUCCACUGUUAGCACCUUCUCGCACUAGGUCCAGCGUGGCCAGCCAAAGUACAGAGCCUAUGUAUUCAUCUUCGGCGUCCGCCUAUGACGAGUACAAGCUUGAACAGGUAAAAACUACUGGCAGCGAUCUUUCAACCGCUUCUAGUGCUGACGCCAGGUCUCAUGUGAAAAGACGACAUUCUGGUAUGGGUCUGCGACGAAGGCGAAAGUCUGUCAACGACAGUACUACUAACUUGGAAUAUUUCGAGGACGAGGCUUACGCCACAGACGUCGGCCCAGACACUGGAAACGAUGUAUUUGCUAUGGACCAAGAUCCAAAAUCCCGAACCUUCGAGGCUCGUACAGACGUUCAGACUGCUGGCCAUCAAAAUGGACCAGACUAUUCUGAUGAGGCAAACCAUAACAAUAGCAGCCUGAACAACAUACCAGAACAGGUGGAGACCAACAUGGUUCCGUCCAACCCGAAAGAAGCACAAUCGUUCAGCUCAGGUGAUCGCGUAGCGUAUUUCAUCCUUUUGGAAGAUCUGACCAGUGGCAUGGGUCGUCCUUGUGUGCUGGAUCUCAAGAUGGGCACUCGACAAUUCGGAGUCGAAGCUUCCAAGAAGAAGAUGGAGUCUCAGCGCCGCAAAUGCAAGAUGACAACGUCGCAACAGCUCGGCGUCAGAAUAUGCGGAAUGCAAACAUUUGAUGCAAAGCACCAAAAGGCAACCUACGAAGACAAAUACUACGGUCGUGAUCUGAAAGCUGGACGAGAGUUUCGAGAAGCACUCACACGAUUCCUGUAUGAUGGGAUCAGCUAUAGCAGUGUGGCACGGCAUAUUCCAACUAUUCUGAACAAACUCUCCAAACUCGAAAGCAUGGUGAGAAGGUUGCCUGGGUAUCGCUUUUAUGCCAGUUCGCUUCUUAUGCUGUAUGACGCCGAGCCUCAUAAGUCUAGGGAAGCCGAAGAAGCGGCUAGGAAUGGUGUCGACAUAGCACAAUUGAAGAAAAAGGAAGGCAAGCAAUGGCCUCCGCCGAUCGAUAUCAAGCUUGUGGAUUUUGCCAAUUGUGUUACUGGUGAGGACGAAUUGCCUCCCAACGCUCAAGCACCGCCAGCUCAUCCUCACGAUAUUGACCGUGGUUAUCUGCGAGGCUUAAGAACUCUAAAAGCUUACUUUGAACGGAUCCUGAGUGACAUCAAGAACAACGAUGUCAAGGAGACCAGUGGAAGGGAAGAGUUAACGACUGACACUAAUGAGUUUACGAAGGAACUAUCUACUUCGAGCUCCAAUAUAGCCGACGAGGAUGGUGAGGUCAGUGUAUAG